AUUGGCUACUAUGGGUAUCAGUCAAAGAAUUUCCCACCCUCCUCUCUACUAUGCCUUCCAGUUACUGGGCCCUUUGAGUGCCAAUCCGUUACUAGGGAAACGAGAUCUUCACAGUCUCAUAGGUAUGUGUCAAAGCCAAUCAAGAGCCACGCCCCCAUCAUGAGGCAGUAUCCAAUUGCUGUUCGAAGAGCCCAGAGGAUGCAGUCGGGAUUGGUCAUCCACUCGCCUGGCCUGGCUGCAACAAGUUAGGCUGAGUCGCGAUUAUAUAGACCGGCGGCGGAGCACGCGUGUGUGCGGACGCAGUUGCGUGAGCGAUUUCUGCUUCUCUCCGUGCGGUGGAGCAAGGCUUGUUCCUCUCCCACUCAGCCGCGCAGGCAAAUUUGCAGAGAGGCAGAGAGAGGUCUUCAAUCCACUUGAUUUACUCCCUAAAUGGCCACAACUGCUGGAGCUGGGCCAGGAGCUUCUUCUGGGUCUCCCAGGUUCGACAUUUUUUUUCCUCCCCAAGGUUGAAUUGACCAAAGCAAUGGUUAUGGAGAAGCCUAGUCCCCUGCUGGUCGGGCGGGAAUUUGUGAGACAGUAUUACACACUGUUGAACCAAGCCCCAGACAUGCUACACAGAUUUUAUGGAAAGAACUCUUCUUACGUCCAUGGGGGAUUGGAUUCAAAUGGCAAGCCAGCGGAUGCAGUUUAUGGACAGAAAGAAAUCCAUAGGAAGGUGAUGUCACAGAACUUCACCAAUUGCCACACCAAGAUUCGCCAUGUUGAUGCUCAUGCUACUCUGAAUGAUGGUGUGGUGGUCCAGGUGAUGGGACUGCUCUCCAAUAAUAACCAGGCUUUGAGGAGAUUCAUGCAGACAUUUGUCCUUGCUCCUGAGGGUUCUGUUGCAAAUAAAUUCUAUGUUCACAAUGAUAUCUUCAGAUACCAAGAUGAGGUCUUUGGUGGCUUUGUCACUGAGCCUCAGGAGGAAUCUGAGGAAGAAGUAGAGGAACCUGAGGAAAGGCAGCAGACACCUGAAGUGGUACCUGAUGAUUCAGGAACUUUCUAUGACCAGACUGUCAGCAAUGACUUGGAAGAACACCUAGAGGAACCCGUUACUGAACCAGAGCCUGAUCCUGAACCAGAACCAGAACCAGAACCUGUCUCUGAAAUCCAAGAGGAAAAGCCCGAGCCAGUAUUAGAAGAAGCUACUCCUGAAGAUGCUCAGAAGAGUUCUUCUCCAGCACCUGCAGACAUAGCUCAGACAGCACAGGAAGACUUGAGGACAUUUUCUUGGGCAUCUGUGACCAGUAAGAACCUUCCACCCAGUGGAGCUGUUCCAGUUACUGGGAUACCACCUCAUGUUGUUAAAGUUCCAGCUUCACAACCCCGUCCAGAGUCUAAGCCUGAAUCUCAGAUUCCACCGCAGAGGCCUCAGAGGGAUCAAAGAGUGAGAGAGCAACGAAUAAACAUUCCUCCCCAGAGGGGCCCCAGGCCAAUUCGUGAGCCUGGAGAGCAAGGUGAUGUUGAACCCCGAAGAAUUGUGAGACACCCUGACAGUCACCAGCUCUUCAUUGGCAAUCUGCCUCAUGAGGUGGACAAAUCGGAACUGAAAGAUUUCUUUCAAAAUUAUGGGAAUGUGGUGGAGUUGCGCAUCAACAGUGGUGGAAAGCUGCCCAAUUUUGGUUUUGUUGUAUUUGAUGAUUCUGAGCCUGUUCAGAAGGUCCUUAGCAACAGGCCCAUCAUGUUCAGAGGUGAAGUCCGUCUGAAUGUGGAAGAGAAGAAGACUCGAGCUGCUAGGGAGGGAGAUCGUCGCGAUAACCGCCUGCGGGGACCUGGAGGCCCUCGAGGUGGGCUGGGUGGUGGAAUGCGAGGCCCUCCCCGUGGAGGCAUGGUGCAGAAACCCGGAUUCGGAGUGGGAAGGGGGAUUGCUCCACGGCAAUGAAUUACCCAUCGCUGAUCAUCACACAGCCGUACAAACCCCAGCUCCUGCAGAGUGGUGAAUUUCUUCAACCAGCCUUUCUUGGAGUAUGACCUAGUCUGUUAUAAACUGCUUACGUUUGUACAACUUCACUUCUCUUGUGUUAAUGGUGUGUGCUCCUUUUCCCUCCUUCUUCCCUUUAGUCCUUCACUUCCAAUUUUGUGGAAUGAUAUUUUAGGAGUAUUGGAUUUAUAAAGAAGAUAAAGACAAAAGACUGAAUUUCCUUGCUUACACUUUGCAUAUACAGACUGGAUUUUUUUAAAAUAGCCAUUUCCCCAAAGGAAUGUGUCUUGCUUAUUACUGACAUUUGGUAUGUUUCAUUCAUUGGAAUAUUCUUAUUUUCUACAUGUUCCAGAAACCUGUGAGAUACAGGAUUUGAUAAACAUUUUGAAGGCAAGAAAAAUCCAAUUGUUCUAUGAGAGUCAUGACCUUCUGGUGUAGAAAAGUUGCCACUGAAAAAUUUAACAAGUUUCAUUUUCUCUAGUAUGGCUAAAAACUGAAUAAAAGGUGUUAAUAGAGUUAAUUUGUUUUGGUAUGUGAUCACAAAACAAUUCUGAAACACUGUUUCUACCACUAAAACUUAAAUUGUGAGAUAGGUUUUAAAUGUGUAGUAUGCAACUGAUGAGCUUUUCUUGAACUGUUAGAAUUUUUUUGAAGUAGAAUUUUUUUCAUGUUUAAUUUGUAUUUGUAAAAAAAAAUAGAAAACAAAAACAAAAAAAGUCCCGAAAUCCAAAUAACAAAAAACCAGAGCAAAACUGUUGUGCCUUCUCUUUGAUUCCAGUCUUGACAAUUGUUUAAACAAAAAUAAAUUAAAAAAAAUUCUAGAUUUGUUUUUACCAGGUUAAGAGUAUGUGGGAAAUUGUAGAAUCCCUUUAUCAACACCUUGUUUGUUUGUCAUCUGUUAACAUUUGUUAUGCCUUAUUCUAAAAUUGAGUCUCAAACUGGAAUGCCUUUGAGGACAGAUAUUUCUAUAGAGGUCCUUUGACCUAAAUAGUUCUGCAUUUGUAUUAAGUUUUAUUUUGAUAUCUAACCGGAUUCCUAAUCAUAGCCCAUAAGAAGGAAUGUGACUUUAAUAUUGGACUUCACUACUUCACUGAUAUACUCGAGUGUCUGCAAUUUUUUUUUCCUUUAAAUCAUAGCCAUAUGGUAAAUUUUCUAUUUUGUUAAGGUUCUCUUUUAUUGAUGGGCAUGCAGUGGGUAUUUCUUGGAAAUGGCCAAAUUUUUAUUAAAAUAUUUCUGGAAGAAAAUUUAA